AAUUAAGACACCCUCCAAGAGCAGAGCCUUUGUCAGUUAGGGCCAGCUUCCCAUUGGUGACCAGUAAAAAUCAGCUCCUUCCUCCUUCACAUUGAAAGACCAUUGGCUGCCCUACUACCCCCCCCCCGUGUGUGUGUGUGUGUGUGUGUUUACUGCAGCUCACAAUCCUAUAAAUGUCCAGGGGAUUUGCAACAUAAUUCAUCACACCUUCGCUCCGAUGUAAGGAUCGACAGGACCCAUGACUCCGCCUGAAUGUGUCUCAGCUCAUGGGAAAGAUCAUUCGUGGGGCUCUGUACAAAUCGCCGUCGGCUGCACAAGUGCUCCUUUGCUGUGGGCUGCGAGAUGCAUCGGUUUCUAGAAAUAAAGAGUGGAUCUAACAUCAGAUGUUCUCCCUGGGGUAGCCGAGCUUUGUACACCAUGAGGUCCCUUCUCUUAUCUGCUGCAGCGAUUCUGUGACUGACCAUUUUACACACAACACAAUGAGACCCCAAAAGGGAGACUCGAGGAACAGCAGUAGCACUGUGACUGAGUUCAUCCUCGUGGGCUUUGAGCAGAGCUCCCCUUCCACACGGGCAUUGCUCUUCACCCUCUUCCUGGCUCUCUACAGCCUCGCCAUGGCCAUGAAUGGCCUCAUCAUCUUCAUCACAUGGACUGACCCCAGGCUCAACAGCCCCAUGUACUUCUUCCUUGGACACCUGUCUUUCCUGGACGUCUGCUUCAUCACCACCACCAUCCCACAGAUGUUGGUCCAUCUGGUGACCAAGAACCACACUGUCUCCUUUGCCUCCUGUUUGACUCAGAUGUAUCUGGUUUUUGGUGUGGGUGUGGCCGAGUGCAUCCUCUUGGCUUUCAUGGCCUAUGAUCGUUAUGUUGCCAUCUGCCACCCACUGAACUAUGCCCAGAUCAUGAGCCAGAAGGUGUGUGUCAGGCUGGUGUGUUCUUCCUGGAUCUUUGGGAUGGUCAAUGGUAUCCUUCUUGAUUACAUGACAUUCCGAGGUCCGUUCUGCAGAGAAAACCACAUAGAGAACUUCUUCUGUGAGGCUCCCAUAGUGAUCGCUCUCUCCUGUGGGGACCCUGAGUUCAGUCUGAAGGUGAUCUUUAUGGAUGCCAUUGUGGUGUUGCUCAGUCCCAUGGUGCUCAUUGUCACUUCCUAUGCCCGCAUUCUGGCUUCCAUCCUCCGCAGGGCCUCCUCCGCAGGUAGGGGGAAGACAUUCUCCACAUGUGCCUCCCACCUGACCGUGGUUGUCUUUUUCUAUACCUCAGCCAUGUUCUCUUACAUGAAUCCCCGAAGUACACACGGGCCUGACAAAGACAAGCCUUUCUCUCUCCUCUACACCAUCAUCACCCCCAUGUGCAACCCGGUCAUCUACAGCUUCCGCAACAAGGAAAUGAAGGGGGCCAUGGGGCGGGCUCUUGGGAGAGGCAGCCUGGCUCAGGCAGAGUCUGUCUAA